UCGUACUCUCGGACUCCGUCGUCUCUCGUACGCUCCGAUCGAGUCCAUCGUCUCGGCUUGUUCUUCGCCAACAGAUUGAUGCGGCAAAGAGGGGCGAGAAAUCCGAAGUGGGAUUCGACUACUUUGAUCCAGUGAUGCGUAUUCGACGUUGAGCUGAAAGGGGGUUUUAGCUCCCAUCUCCUGUGAUUCGCUUCGUGUCGAUUUAUUAGAGGCCUUCAAUUUUUUAUGUUAUUGUGAGAAUCUAAAAGUCUUACAAAAUGAGGAGCCAGAUGUUGAAAAUCACUCUAGGGGUCUCCGUAGGUGUUGCUAUUGGGAUUUUGAUAGGGUGUGGCGCAUUGAUUUUUAUGAGGCUCUACAGAAAGCGUUCUGGCUUCCAGCUUCAUCCAAGAGAUGUCAGCACAGCAACUCUUCCUAUACGUGCAAAUGGUGUUAACGCAAGCAUUGAUUCAAGUGCAUCAAUCUCUGUUUCUAACAUUGAUUCCAGAAAGCAAUACAUGACAAAAAGGAAUGCUCCACAACAAAAUAAAGACCUUUUUGCUUCUCUUUCAGCCAUUCCAAGAUACUCUUACAAGGACAUUCAGAAAGCCACACAAAACUUUACAACAAUUCUAGGGCAGGGAUCUUUUGGGCCCGUAUAUAAAGCUACAAUGCCUAAAGGGGAAUUGGUGGCUGUUAAGGUGCUGGCAAGUGAUUCAAGCCAAGGUGAAAAGGAGUUCCAAACAGAGGUACUUCUACUUAGUAGGUUGCACCACAGGAAUCUUGUGAAUUUGGUUGGAUAUUGUAUAGAUAAAAGUCAGCGCAUGCUUGUUUAUGAAUUCAUGACCAAUGGCAAUCUUGCUACCCUCUUAUACAACGAUGGACCAAGGAUUUUGAGCUGGGAGGAGAGGGUGCAAAUUGCAUACGAUGUCUCAAACGGAAUAGAGUAUCUUCACGAAGGGGCUGUCCCACACGUCGUACAUCGAGAUCUGAAAUCAGCUAACAUAUUGUUGGACAAAUCAAUGAGGGCCAAGGUUUCUGACUUUGGUCUGUCCAAGGAAGAAGAUACAUUCGAUGGAAGAAAGUCAGGUCUCAAGGGCACAUAUGGUUACAUGGACCCGGACUACAUGUCGACGAACAAGUUCACAAAGAAGAGUGAUAUAUACAGUUUCGGAAUCAUAUUGUUCGAGCUAAUCACAGCAAUAAAUCCACAGCAAGGUCUAAUGGACUAUAUCGAUCUUGCAGUGAUAGGUGAGGAUGGCAAAGCCGACUGGGAAGAGAUUGUCGAUAAGAGGCUUGUUGGAAGAAGCAGCCCAGGGGAGGUAAAGCUUCUAGCUGACAUUGCUUACAAGUGCUUGCACAAGGUACCUAGAAAGCGUCCCUCGAUAGGGGAUGUCAAUCAGGCAAUCGCAAGAAUAGCUAGGCGUCGCCUAGUCGAGAACGAUACAUUUCUCCCACCGGGCAGCGAGGCCGCUGGAGUUUUAAAGAUGAUUGAGAAUCAACAGAUGGAGCUGAGCAACCUGGCCACAAUAAAAAGCCAUCAUCAACCAGUGAAACUAUGAAUCAUCUAAUUUUGUCUGUUCACUACUGUGGAUCAGCUCUAGUUAGCUCGGUGCAACAAUGUAGAUAUGGAUGCUUUAUCAAAUUGGUCACAAAAUAAUCUAGCAGGAUCCCAACACAAUGGCCGUCACGCUGCCGCCGCUCCAAAUCCUCUUUGUUCCUUCGGCGCCGCCGUCGCCGAUAGCUUAGUUUUGUUCUUCGUCUUCCCAAUUUGUUUAUUCUCCUCGAGAGUUCCAUGGAAGCGGCUGCGUUGAG